GUUCGCACAACACUCGCGGAAAAAUGUUUCGCUUAACUUUUGUAAUUUUGCUGUAUUGUAUUUUACUUUUCCAGAUCAGAUUUUGCUACAUUCAGGAUAAUUCAAAUUCAAGUAAACCGUGCGCUUGCGUUUGCGAUUCUGCUGUGCAAGUCGGCGUUUUUGAAGAUAAUCUCGUAGACGAAAAUCCAUCAACCACGGAACAGCGACCAGUAAACAGACCGUUAAGUUGUAUGGAAGCAACAGCUGCAAGCAAUAAGAGUGGUGUUUAUAAAAUUCAGAUACCGCAGCUUAAACUCCCCAGUGUGGAUGUGUAUUGUGAUGAUGACACUGACGGCGGCGGAUGGUUGGUUUUUCAACGGCGUGUAACCUAUGAGGAGAAUUUUUAUAGAGAUUGGAAGAACUACCAAAAUGGAUUUGGCGAUGUUAGCAAAAGCUUCUGGUUCGGUUUGGAAAAGUUGCACGUGCUUACUAGUAGCUGCGAACACGAGAUGUAUAUUAAAUUAAGAAAAAAGAAUGGCGAAGAAUACUAUGCUAAAUAUACAAAGUUUCGUAUUGGUUCCGAGUCAGAAAGCUAUGCUUUGAAGGAAUUGGGUGAUUAUAACGGCACUGCUGGUGAUUCCUUAAUUAGAGGACAUCUGGGAAUAAAAUUUUCAGCGAUUGAUCGUGAUAAUGAUAAUCAUGGAAGAUGGCAUUGUGCAUAUUAUUUUAGAAGUGGUUGGUGGUUUCACAAAUGCUAUUUUAGUAACCUGAAUGGACUUUAUCUUGCAACCAAAAAAUACGGUAUAAACUGGAAUUCCAUUGAAAAUGAGGUGCCUUUAGGAUUUUCGGAAAUGAUGAUGCGACCAAAACAAUCUUGCUGGAGACAAUUAAUGAAACAAAGUUUAAAUCGAGUUGUUUAAGAAGUUUUACUAUUUUAACUAUUUACAAAUAAUACAAAUCGCAAAGCAAUUAAUAUUCCAAUAUACUUGUAUUCAAAUGCUUAACUUAGCUUUUCGAUAUAUACCUUUCUAUUAUAAUUUAUCUAUU